UUAAAUUACAUUUUUUAAAAAUAUUUUUAAGUUUAACUAAAAGUGUACCUACUGACCGAAAUUAUUAAGUAAAUAUCAUGACGGCUACAAAUCUUGAGAAYAUUAUCACCAGAGGUCAUUAUUUAGUUAUUAACAAAAACGAAACUUAUUUAAUUCAUCAAAUAUCGAACAAAGCYAUAUUGAAAUUAGGCCGAGAUGUCAUCGAUCUCAAGGCGGCUAUUGGACAACCGUUCUCAUCUACUUUCAAAUUGGAGCCAAUACCAGACAAAAAAAGACAUUACACUCUUGUUAUGUGUAACGAUAAUCAGGCGCGUAACAUAUGGUCAACAAAUGGUUCCGGAACAGAUAAUAAACUYAUAACCGAUGAUAGUUCAUCUCAGUUGCUGAGCACUGACGAAAUAAUAGCGUUGAAAGAAAGUGGAGAAAGUGGGCAGAAUAUUGUUGAACGUUUGUUAGAAAACAGCAAAACUUUUCAGCUAAAAACUGAAUAUGCUCAAGAAAAAUACUUGAAAAAAAAAGCCAGGAAAUACUGUGAUUAUUUAACUAUAUUUAAACCGUCAAUACGGCUUAUAACAGAUGUGUUGUACAAGCAGCAGACACUUCCUAAGACUAUAGCUUUAAGGUUUGAUACAUUGGCUCAGAUAUUAUGCCGUGUGAAUUUGGAUCCUGGAGGCAAGUAUUUGUUGUAUGAAAAUGGAAGUCAAGGAUUGUUACAAGCGGCACUUCUUAACCAACUGCAUGAUAAUGGGUGCCUUGUACACAUAUUCUCUUCAACAUCUGAACAAAAUGCAUUAAGAGCAGUGAAGGCUAUGAAUUUUUCUGAAACUAAAAUAAAACAAAUGUUAACUGUAAGUUUAUAUGAAAUACUGAAUAUAAAAAAUGAAAACAAUAUUUCAGCAGAAAAAGAUGAAGAAGAUGUACCUAAUUGUUCGGAUGAGAAAAAAAGAAAAAGUAAUGAAGCAUAUACACAAAUUAAGAARAAACAUCGGCCAAUAACAAGUACAGAUGGUUUAAAUUUUAUAAAAUCAAAUAAAUUUGAUGGCYUAAUUGUAGUCUGCAGAGAGGAACCAACUGAAUUUGUUAAGACACUUUUACCAUAUUUAUCUUUGUCAAGACCUUUUGUUGUUUAUUCAGCAUAUAGAGAAGUGUUAGUUUCUAUGUAUGCUGAAUUUAAAAUGAGAAGAGACGUAGUAUUUCUUCGACUGACCGAUAAUUUUAUGAGAUACCAUCAAGUCCUUCCAAAUAGAACACAUCCUGAUGUUACAAUGGAUGAUGGAGGUGGUUAUUUGUUUUCUGGAUUAUUUGUCGCUGGAAGUACAUAGUACGACUGUAAAGUAUGUCAUUAUUAAAUGUUGUUAUUUUCUC